GCAGGCGCUAACUGGAAUCAGGCUACUUCCACUAUCGGUUAAAGGAGAUAAAAAUGUGUUCUACGGUUAAUGCCUGCCUUCAAAUAUGGCUCAUAUUAUAAUGCCAAAUUAUUCGAAAAUAUUUACGUUAUUUAGCAGACGAUCUUUAAUUUCACAUUCGCGGCAGAUAUCAUCAUCAACUGCGAGGAAAAUAUAUGAGAAAAAAAAUGAGCCCAGUAUUAAAGAUGUAAAAACAACAUUAUUAGAUCCCGAGGAGAAAAAACAGUUAGAAAAAUUGCAGCAACGCAUUACUGUACCAGCUGCUGCAGAAAUAUAUCCUGUAACUGGAGUGCCAGAGGAACAUAUAAAAACAAGACUUGUGAGGAUUUUCAAGCCAGCAAAAAAUCCUAUGCAAUCUGGAACAUAUAAUACUCGAAAGUGGAAGAUUGAAUUUGAGACACGAGAGCGAUGGGAAAACCCUCUCAUGGGCUGGGCUUCCACUGGGGAUCCUUUGUCUAAUAUGAAUGUACAGUUUGCAACUUCAGAAGAGGCCAUAGCAUUCUGUGAAAAAAAUGGCUGGCCUUACUAUGUGGAUGAACCAAAAGUAUCUACCUUUAAACCUAAAAGUUAUGGGGCUAAUUUUGCUUGGAAUAAAAGGACCAGAGUAUCAACAAAAUAAAUAUAUAAAACUAAUUUUUAUAAAAAUAUAUGGAAUUGGAAUAAAUAAGAGAAUAUUAAUUUAAAACUAUUGUCUUGUACUUCUCCUUUCAGAAAGUAACAUUUCAUGAUUAUUUUCAUUGAACUAAUAUUGUAUCUUAUGUAAUGUUGUGAAAUAUUCCAAUAAAUGAUUAUUACCCUCAA